AGCAGCUGAUCGGUAAUCCAGAAGAAGUUUCCCCUCAGUUAGGGGGGAGCUCCACUUUGAAGCAGGAGACUCCACAACCACCCUGCAUUAAAAAGGAAGAGGAGGAACUCUGCAUCACUCAGGAGGGAGAGUGUCUUCUAGGACGAGAGGAAGCUGAUUACACCAAGUUUCCACUGAGUAUUCUCUCUGUGAAGACUGAAGAUGAUGAAGAGAAACCACAAGUAGACAACCUCUUAGCUCCACUAUCAGACAGUGAGGCUGAAGAUGAUGAAGAGAAACCACAAGUAGACAACCUCUUAGCUCCACUAUCAGAUAGUGAGGCUGAAGACGAGGUUGAAGAACCUUUGAGCAGCGAUAAAGACUGUGAAGGUGAUAUGAGGACUCACACUGACAACAAACACUCUGAAUGCUCUACAAAGAAGAGAGGUGAAACAUGUUUGAGCUGCUCAGUUUGUGCUGAAAGUUUUACUAAAAAGAGCCAUUUGACUCGACACAUGAGAACACACACAGGAGAAAAAACAUUUAUUUGUUCAGUUUGUGGCAAAAGCUUUUCUCAAAAUAGGUCUUUGACUCGACACAUGAGAACACACACAGGAGAAAAACCAUAUACUUGUUCAGUUUGUGGCAAAGGCUUUUCUCAAAAUAGCUAUUUGACUAAACACAUGAGAACACACACAGGUGAAAAACCAUUUAAUUGUUCAGUUUGUGGCAAAAGCUUUUCUCAAAAUAGCAUUUUGACUCUACACAUGAGAACACACACAGGUGAAAAAACAUUUAAUUGUUCAGUUUGUGGCAUACGCUUUUCUCAAAAUAGCUGUUUGACUCACCACAUGAGAAUACACACAGGAGAAAAACCAUGUACUUGUUCAGUUUGUGGCAAAGGCUUUUCUCAAAAUAGCUAUAUGACUAAACACAUGAGAACACACACAGGUGAAAAACCAUAUAGUUGUUCAGGUUGUGGCAACAGCUUUUCUCAAAAUAGCAAUCUGACUCAACACAUGAGAACACACACUGGAGAAAAAACAUGUAAUUGUUCUGUUUGUGGCAAAAGCUUUUCUUUUAAGGGUAAUUUGACUGAACACAUGAGAACACACACAAGUGUAAAACCAUAUAAGUGUUCAGUUUGUGGCAAAAGCUUUUCUGUUAAGAGCAAAUUGACUCAACACAUGAGAACACACACUGGAGAAAAACCAUUUAGUUGUUCAGUGUGCUGUAAAAGGUUCCAACAUAAUGCAGACACAGUAAGCUGCGACUUCCAUCCCCUUGACACGACAUACACGUUGUCGCCUCCCACGCUGAUGGCUGCGGUGGACGCCAUUUCACCAAACGUCUUGACGUGCAUCUGUGACAAUUCUGCUGCAUGA